AUGACUCAAGGUUUUUCUGAGAUCACUGCAAUCUGCACCGGCCUGAUUGGACUGAUUGGUGCGUCUGCUACGACUGGCUCGCCAAUGUGGAAGGUCACAGUUUCCAGUGGAGAAAACAAAACUGACAUGGAGAGACGCUGGGGAUUGUGGAUGAACUGCUACAGUCAGGCAAACGUCAGGAUGCAGUGUAAGGUGUACGACUCCUUGUUGCAUUUGUCUCCUGAUCUGCAAGCUGGAAGAGGCCUAAUGUGCUGUUCAGUAGCCUUGCCAGGGUUAGGGCUAUUGUUCGCUCUAGCAGGAAUGAAAUGCAUUCCUUGGUUUCAGAAUAUCAAAUGGGUUAAAAAUACGAUCCUAAUGGUUGCUGGAGGAAUACAGUUCAUGGCCUGCAUCUGCAUUUUUAUACCUGUGUCAUGGACUGGUCAUGUCAUCUUAAGGGAUUUGUACAAUCCACCACUGACAGAUACCCAAAAAAGAGAAAUGGGAGGAGCCCCCUACAUCGGUUGGGUUGCUGGAACUUUCCUCUUUGCCUUAGCCUUGCUUUUUACCUGCAAAUGUUUCCCCUCAGACAACAAACCAACUAUGACAAGCUAUCACCCCGUCUCAACCCUCAAGACGUAUCCAUGUUUGGAGAUCAACGGCUUGGCUGUGCCCUCAAUCGAGCGACUGUGUGGGGUGGAGGUGGUGGUAGUGGUGGGGGUAUUCGGCAGUGUCAAAUCAGCCAAAGGCACAUGCAGUUAG